UACCCAAACAACGGAUGAAUCUAAUAUACCAAAUUGCGAGUUUUUAAAGCAUUAUUUUUUUUAAUCUGUUUCCACUAUGUUUAUCUCUUGUUUCCCUUGGUUUGGUGGAUCAAAUAGAGAUGUCAUUCAUUCAAUGUUUCACAAAGACGGAAUAAUUUUUCUUUUUUUGGGUUUAUUUAAUAAUUCGUGGUUUAUUGUGAAGACUACGUGCAGUCCUUGCUGGGUCUAUGUAUGGGUUCUCCUUUUUGAGCUUUUAGAAUAUAUAUAAAAUGGCAUCAAUGUUUUCUGGGAAGGUCUCUCUCAGAAAAAAAAAGACUACAUUUUGGAAUUUCACCUUCAACUCUCUCAUUGGAUCUUCCAUCCAAAGAUUUACUUCCAAUGACUCUGGUGAUCCUCUUGAUCAAAAGAUUUGAAACCUGCCUUGAUUGAUUCUUGAUCUUAUAUGUUGUACAAGAAGAUGGCUACUAGACAAAUGUCUCCAGCAAAAUCUCAGACGGGUUCAAGGAGUUUGACAAGAGCUUUGGCAUUAGCCUUUAAUGAAUGGCUACUGAUGCUGAUGCUCUUUGCGAACUCCAUAUUCUCCUACGUGAUCGCUAAGUUUGCAGAUUACUCCGAGCUCCAAUCUCCAUGUCUCAUGUGCUCAAGGCUUGAUCAUAUUCUCGGGAGGACAAAACAUUUGAAGAAAUCUCAUUGGGACAUGGUUUGCUCUAAACACAAAUCAGAAAUCUCCUCAUUGGUUUACUGUCACGCUCAUGGCAAGCUUGUAGAUGUCCGUGGAAUGUGCGAAACUUGCCUUUUCUCUUUUGCUACAACAAAUAAGUCCAACGCUGAAACUUACAGAUUAUUGGUUGGUAAAUUGGGUGAAGAUUCUUCAUUUGGAUCGAAGAGUGAUGGAAGCAAAAAUCCAAGAUACUGUACAUGUUGUCAUCAGCUGUGGAAGCCACAAACCGCUUCUACUGAUCAGGUGGCUAAACCGGCAACGCUACCCAAGAUUCGUUUGGUUAGUGAUGUGAGAACCGGAAAACUAUCUACACCCAAGAAAAGCGUCAGGUUCAAUCAACUGCCUCAUGUUGGGUACACUGAGCUCAAGAUUCAUUCAGAUACUGAAUCAGAAGCUGUAUUUUCAGAAGAUGAAGGUGUCGUGGUUAAAGAAGAGGAUCAUAUGUUUCAAAACGUGGAUCUUGAGACUCCUCCAGUUAUCACCUUGCCUUAUGAUUUGGCUACCGAUAAGCUGCUAAACCUUGAUUUCCCUUUGCAGCCUUUGGUGGCCCGAAAUGACCGAGAGGAAGUUCAUUUGCAAGAGAUCGAUCUGAGAACUAAUUCAUUUUUUCCUGAUCUUAUUCCAGUUGAUGGUAUGCCUGAAAUAUCGGAGAAUGUGUUGAAGGAGGAAGAGAUCAUUUCAUUAGAUAAUCUUUUUCUGACAUCACGCGCCAUGGAACACCCUGCAGCUAUUUCAAGAGAAAAAGAAGAGCUGAUUCCCCUCCAAGAUGUUUCUUUAACACCAGAGUUUAAGGAAGUUCCUGCAGAUGCCUUAAUGAAGGAGACUGAGCUUAUUCCAGUUAAUGGUGUGCCUGAAACAUCAGAAAAGGUGUUGAAGGAAGAAGAGGUCGUUUCUUUAGAUAAUCUUUUCUUAACAUCACGCGCCAUGGAGCAUUCCGAAGUUGUUUCAAAGGUGAAGGAAGAUCUAAUUCACCUCCAAGAUAUUUCUGUAACACCAGAUUUUAAGGAAAAGUCUGAAAAUGCCUUGAUGGAGGAGACUGAGCUUAUUUGCCUCAACGAUGUUACUUCAACAUCAGAUGCUGCUGAAAGUGCUGAAGAUCACGUCUUAAUGAAGGAGACUGUUUUAAAUGAGAAAGAAGAUCUGAUUCACCUCCAAGAUACUUCUUUAACACCAAAUAUAAAGGGAAAUCCUGCAUAUGCCUUAAUGGAGGACACUGAGCUUAUUUGCCUCAAUGAUGUUACUUCAACAUCAGAUGCUGCUGAAACUACUGAAGAUGUCUUAAUGGAGGAGACUGUUUUAGAGGAGAAAGAAGAUCUGAUUCAUCUCCAAGAUACAUCUUUAUUACCAGAUUUUAAAGAUAAUCCUCCAUAUGCAUUAAUGGAGACUGAGCUUAUUCCCCUCAAUGAUGUUACAUCAACAUCAUCAGAUCCUGCUGAAACUCCUGAAGAUGUCUUAAAAGGAAUUGAACUUAUGUCCCCCCAUGAUAUUUUUCGAGACAAGACUCCUGAGUCAUUCACUACAAAUGAAACCCUUGUUGAGACGUCGACGGAGAGGGGCACAAAUCAAGCUGAUAUUAACUCCCUGGAAUCUGAAUAUGUAGUUGUAUCACCUUCAACAUCUACAAAAUCCAUGCCUGAAAAUUCAACCGAAAAGUGUGAAUCAGAAAACAAGGGAAUGAAAGAGACUUCUCCUACAGUCUCUUCUGUGUCUGAAAUGGCUUCUCACACAGAAGCUGCUCUCGAGUCAGAAUCGGCUUCUUUCAACUCAAUGUCGGUGGCAGCAGAAACAAACCUUGGUUCCGGUGAGUCUUGGAUGCAAGGAGGUGAGUUACUGAAUCUUGCGGAUGCAUACAAUAUCAUUGUACACAACGAGGGUAGCAAGGAUAGUAAUGGGGUAGCACAAAUAGAGCAGUGGAUGAAGAAAGAUACUUCUAGAGUUAGCGAAGACCUUAAAGCACUUCUUACUCAAAUAUCAGCUUCUCGUGGGAUAGAGUUUUUGUCGCCUAGAGAUAUAAGCCCCAAGAUAUCUAGUGAUCAGGAGACAAAGAACCUGGAUCAUGAUAUGCAGUUGCUAAUUCAAAGGAGAAUGCUGGAAAGGAACGAGAGCAACUUAUCGUUGGAAGGAGUUUCAGUGAGCGAAAUCGAGGGAGAAAGUGAGAGUGAUCGGUUGAAAAGACAGGUUGAUCAUGACAGGAAAUUGCUGACUGGUCUAUACAAAGAGUUGGAGGAAGAAAGAAGCGCUUCAGCGGUUGCUACAAAUCAAGCAAUGGCUAUGAUUACGAGGUUGCAGGAAGAGAAGGCGUUGUUCCAAAUGGAAGCUUUACAGAACCUUAGGAUGAUGGAAGAGCAAGCAGAAUAUGAUAUGGAAGCAAUACAGAAACUGAAUGAUUUACUUGUUGAGAGAGAGAAACUAAUUCAAGAUUUAGAAGCUGAGAUUGAUUACUUCCGGGACCAGACACCGCAGAAGAAGAAGCUAGAUAAUGUGACCGGGAUUGAUUCGCCUAGUGAGGGAAUGAGCAACAAGAUACAGAACUGUCUAAGUGGGUUCAACGAAGAGAGAUUAUACAUCGCAAGUUGUUUGGAGAAGAUUGAAAACAGAGUUCAAACAGAUGUAAAUGGCGAGGCUCAUGUCGAUAAUCUACCAACACAAGAAUCUGUUUCUGAGCUACAUGAGAGAGUAGAAAGGCUGAAGGGAGACAUGUAUUUCCUAGAACAUGUUGUGAAUUCUCUCGGGCACGGGAAUGAAGGCGUGCAGUUUGUCAAGGAGAUAGCUUCUCAUUUGCAAACUCUGCGGAGUCUCAGCAUGAAAAGAAAAGAUCAUACAGAGUGUUGAUGCCAGCAACAACCUUCACAAAGUUGCAGAGGAAUCUAAAAGAAGUCAAGAAUGGUGAAAAAGCUUAAGGAGUCUGUACAGCAUCUUCUUCCUGGCCUUUCCCCUUUCGUAUACAAUUUUCCGGAAUGAUUCAUUUUUUUUUUUUGGG